AUGGAUCUUAUUGCUGUUGCUACUGCUACAUCUGGUAUAGCUGCUUCCAUUAUGCCGGGUGGGCGCACCGCACAUUCUCGCUUCAAGAUUCCAAUAAAACUGAGUGGCAAUAAUAUGUGUAGCUUUACAAAGCAGAGUGGCACAGCAGAGCUGCUUAGAAAGGCAUCUCUAAUAAUAUGGGAUGAGGUUGCAAUGACUAAGAGGCAAGCAGUUGAGGCUCUUGACAGGUCACUUAGGGAUAUAAUGAGUUGUGAUAUGCCGUUUGGAGGGAGGUUAUGUUGUUUGGUGGUGACUUCAGACAGGUUGACCCAUAACAUGCGAGCUCAGGCUGAUACAUGGUUUGAAGAUUACUUAUUGAGAAUCGGUAACGGGACUGAGGAAGCAUUUGAGGGUGACUACGUGUGGCUUCCUGAUGACAUUUUGAUUCACAAUCCUCUGGAGGAUGAUUCCAUUUACAUCCUUAUUGAUCAGAUUUCCAGGGAGCAGAAGAUUUUCUAUAGAUUCGACUCUGUGGAUGAUGACUCACGUAAUAAUUAUCCUCUUGAUUUUCUCAACUUGAUUACCCCUAAUGGGCUGCCCCCUCAUGAGUUGAAGGUUUAG